GCGGUCAUAUUAUUCAUUACAAAGAAUGAGAUAAGGCAUAACGUGAUAGCACUUGUGUUCUAUAAUACAAACAGACUCCCUUGACAUUCGCUUUCACCUCUCGGCAUUCACAUCGCUGUUGUCGUCGGAGCUCAACUGCAUGAGAGUCUCAGGGCUGCGGAAGAUGUCGAUGAGCAUGGAGUAGAGCUCCUCCUCGAGCAUAAGGUCCCCAUGGUUCCUUGCCGUGUACACGUCGUUGCUGAGGGUCCAGAGCUUGCUGGUGUCUCGCAGCUCCGUGUAGAUGGUGUAGACCACGUCCCCCGAGUGGGAAGGAGGGAGAGGGGAGGGAGGAGGAGUGGAGAGGAGGAAGUAGGAGGAAGCAUGACUUGCGUUACCAAUGUACAAGACGAAGAUGGUGUAGAUGGUGAUGAGAGAGAGUCCAAACUUGCUGAACACUCCUCCUGCCCACACAAGCUCGCUUGCUGUAAGGAACCAGAUAGAGCCGCAGGAGGGCUCGUCCUGCUCAGACUGUCUGCAGUAGGAGGAGGAGGAAUCGCAGCAGAUGGACCACCACUGGAAGGAGCUGCCGCCCUCGGAGGAGCGACUGAGCGAGAGGUUCACUCCCUGCAGCCACUUAGUCUCUCCGUAGCGGAGGGGAGACGCGGCGUCGGAGAGAAGCUUGACGAAGGGGGAGAAGACGUUGGAGAGGACGAGGGAUCCUGCUCCUUUCAAGAGAAUGUCCUCCAGCUGGUCGGUCUCUGCAGGAGGGAACGUUAGCAGCGUCGGUGAGGGAUGUACUACGAUGCUCCUGCAUCACUGAGGUCUGAAACUGCGUCCCUUGC